GUCUGCAUAAGGCUGGUUGUGACGCACUGAUUGUUGAUGUGAGUGUAACCCGUCAAAAGUCAGCGGUCUGCUGAGUCUGGUUAUCCGCUUCCGAACGGGUUAAUGAAAUAGCGAAAAGGUCACCAUGCAGUUCCUGGGCCGUAUAUUGGACACGGUGAGCUCCGUGUCGACUCUAUUCUCAAACCCGUACCGUGUGAGGGAUGUGCAGCUGUCGGAUUAUAAUGGCAAAGUGCUACUGAAACAGGAAGGCAGGCUGGUCUUGUACAGGAACCAACACAGCCAUUCAUGGGACUGUCUGCUUCUCUGCCCAGAAUCUUCAUCUUUGGCUCUGAGGAUGUUCCAGGUUGCUUCAGAGGAAGACGCCAUGAAUUGGUUCCCUCAGUAUGCCCUCAAACUCCGCCCAUUUUAUGAGAUGCUCCGCCCACCGCUGAAACCUGAAAUGUUCCAGCCGAUCGUAGACUGUGUGCGGAAUCACCCCGACUGGAGCUCGGCUCACAUCGCUGUGGAUACUGGACUGAGAGACUGUCUCAAACACAAUUACGUUUUGAGUCAGAUGAACGCCCGUGACGCCCAGGGUCAGACCCCGCUGCACCUUGCGUGCGAGAGAGGAGAUGUGGGCUGCGUGCGUGAGCUCCUGGAAGAAUGUCAGGCUCGCACGGACAUCAAGGACAAGAACGGAGAGACACCCAUGCACUGCGCUGCUAAACAAGACUCUGCUGGUGUUAUAGAGGUUUUGUGUGCACAGAUGUGCGUGGGUGUGAAUGAGCUGAAUGCUGCUGGGGAAACCCCAAUGCACAUUGCAUGCCGUCUCGGGAAGGUCGAGGCGGUCAAAGGCCUGCUGGGGGGCGGAGCCCGCUGUGACGUCAUGGGAAGCAAUGGCUAUCCAGUUCACACCACCAUGAAGUUUAGUGCGAAAAGUUGUGCCGAAGUAAUUUUAAACACCGACCCAAAUCAACUUCUGGCGGAGGAUCCGAUUUAUGGAGGAACACCUCUUCACUGGGCCAAGACUGCCGAGAUGAGCCGUGUGCUGCUGGACCGAGGAUGUAACAUCAACUACCUGAGCAAGACCGGAGAGAGUCCGUUACACAUCCUGACCAAGAGGGGGCGCUUUGAGGCCGCAAUGACACUGCUGACCCAUGGAGCCGACCCCAACAUUAAGGGUCAGGAUGGAAACACAGCACUGCACCUCGCCAUGAAGUUGGACCACAUGGACCUGAUCAAAGCUCUCAUGGUGUUUGGAGCAGAUGUGGAAGUUCACAAUGACCUGGGAGAGACACCGGGACUCAUCGCAGCCCGUACCAGCAAGGGUCCCAACCGUAAGGUGCUCUUGAACAUGCUGUGUAGUGUAGGGGCCGAGCGGUGCAACCCCCCCUCCCUCAACAGCCCUGUCCUGAGUGUCAACAAAGCUCCGCCUCCUGGCAUAGGGUUUGAUGACAUCAUGCACGUGGCGGUAGCUGUCACGGCCAUGAGUCGUGGAUUUGCAGAGGUCGAUGGGCUCCAGACAGGAAGCAAGAAAAUGGACAGAUUGCUGUGUCUAGAUGGUGGUGGAAUAAAGGGACUGGUUCUGAUCCAAAUGUUGAUCGCUUUGGAGAAAGAAGCAGGACGGCCCAUCAGGGAACUGUUUGACUGGGUGUCUGGGACUAGCACUGGCGGGAUACUGGCCCUAGCUAUUAUACAUGGUAAAUCAAUGGAAUAUCUGCGCUGUCUGUACUUCAGGAUGAAGGAACAGGUAUUCAAAGGUUCUCGGCCGUAUGAGUCUGGCCCUCUGGAGGAAUUUCUCAAGAAUGAGUUUGGAGAAAAUACCAAGAUGGCGGAUGUCACUCACCCAAGAGUAAUGGUGACUAGCGUUCUCGCUGACAGACAUCCUGGUGAACUGCAUCUGUUUCGUAAUUACGACCCACCAGCCCUCCAAAGAGACCCUCCGUACACAUCUACAGCCACAUUUCAACCCCUUACUGUGCCGAAGGAGCAAUUAGUUUGGCGUGCUGCCCGAUCCAGUGGAGCUGCUCCCACUUACUUUCGGCCAAUGGGUCGUUUUCUGGAUGGAGGGCUGCUGGCCAAUAACCCAACGCUAGAUGCCAUGACAGAAAUACACCAGUACAACAAAGCCCUGAAAGCGCAGGGCCGUGAAUCAGAAGUGUGCAGGUUAGGCGCGGUCGUCUCAUUGGGCACCGGUAAACCUCCUCAGGUGGCAGUGAACUCUGUGGACGUUUUCAGGCCUUCAAAUCCACUGGAGCUGGCCAAGACCUUCUUUGGCGUCAAAGAGCUGGGCAAGAUGCUUGUGGACUGUUGUACAGACUCGGACGGUUGUGCAGUGGACCGAGCCCGAGCGUGGUGUGAGAUGGCUGAUAUAAACUAUCACAGGUUGAGUCCUCAGCUGUCUCAGGAGGUGAUGCUGGAUGAGGUCAGUGACGCAGUGUUAGUUGACAUGCUGUGGGAGACUCAGAUGUAUCUGUAUGAGCACAGAGAUGUCAUACAGACCCUCUGCCAGCAUCUACUGCAGCUCUGACAACGGCUUCCAGACUGAGGGCGAUGGAGAGGGUUUUGGCUGCUUCAUAUGCAUAACUGAUUUAUCCUAUACAAAUAAUGAAUCUGAUGACAGUUGUGUGUUUAUGUUGUUGUGACAUGUUCAGUUAAUUAAUUUAAAGCUGCUGUAUGUACGGUUUUGACUCUACUAAAGCAUAAAUCCAUAAUGUGUUUGCAGAUAAAUCCCUUGUGCUGUCUUCGGUCACUUUAAAAAACCGGAGCUUCACCGAAAUGGUAUCAAACUUGGUUACUUUUAUGGCACUUGAUAUAUGAACACACAAAAAAAACGAGGGCAUGAUUCGAAAAAGCUAAGUGGUUGUAAAAACAAAACAAAACAAAAAUUGUCACACGAAUGGCUCAUGGCUAAAAAUGACCGACCAUUGGAAAUGUAUGGGAAAUGAAAAAAAAAAAAAAUUGUUCGUACAAUCUACGAAUCCCCCACAAUGCAGAAAAGAACUGCACAGCAAUAAAGGGGUGAAACUCUAAAACAUGCUAAAUCUACACACCAACUCACACAGGCACGUACACACACACCUAUUAACCGGUAUGACUGUAACACUGCAACUAUGUAAAUAAAAUUAAUCAUUUGACUACAGUGCAGUAAAAAGGUGGUUACACUCCGAAACAUCAGGAGUGUGAAUCAAAUGCAUCCACUCACACACACUUACUUACACACACUCCCAGACACACACAUACAAAUUUAUAUAUACUCAAAUUAAUUGGUAUGGCCAUAACCAUAUAGCCAAAAUGAGUCAGAAGACUGAAAUAAGAGGUUAAAAUCAGAACAGACACAAGGAAUUAAAGUUUUUUUUUUUUUUUUUUUUUUUUUGCUCUCACCAGGAGGUGCUAUUCUGCCUUCCAAAAUUAGAUUUUAAAGGCCUAGUCUCUAUUUUAAUCUGAAAUACUGCUUUUUUUUAUAUAGAUUUUUUUUUUCACAGGAAGAAAUGUAAAAUAAUUAUUGAAUAAAUAUUAAUUAGUAACAUAAAAUUCUCUCAAAAUACAAAAUAAAAUAUAUUCUUGAACAAAAAUAUAUUAGAUUUAUUUUACUGAAGAAAAGAAGUUACAUUUUAGGUGUCCGGUCACUUUUGAUCACGAAGAUCGUGAGGAACGCACAAGGGUUAAGAAACAUGCUAACAUACUUGUUUAGCUGAAAAACAAUGCUACAGUUAUUUUCCUUAGAAAAUGUGCGUCCAUGCAGGAAUGUCAGGCCCAGUCCACAUGGAGACACAUUUCGCUGUAUACGCAUACAUUUUGUAUCAGAUAGCCGUUUUGUCCAAUCAGAUCCAACAUUUUAGGAGAGUGAAACCGAUAAUUUUUAAAAACGGGUCCCGGUGUGGAUAAAUUUGAAAAGGCCACCCUUCCGUUUUGUCUGGACAACGAUCCGUAAAUUUUCUGAAACGAUGACGUCAUCAGCCCACAUCCCGCCCCUAGUCAGACACUGACUGUCUUUUUAUUAACUAACAUUAACACAGAUUAAUAAAUGUGUUGUUACAUGUUCUGAAGGUUUAUGCGCAUAGUCCAAGUUUUCUUCUGCAUCUCUUUGGUAGAAUUACAGCGCCACAUGGUGGUCUGGAAUGUGUACUACAUCGUUUUGUGGUUUCGUGUGGAUGCAGAUAUUUCUUGAAAUGAUGGGGG